AAAUCACCGGAAAAAAUGGGAGUGGAGAAGGAAGUUAUCAGAGCCGGAAAUGGCCCCAAACCGCAGCCUGGUCAAACUGUUACCGUCCACUGCACUGGUUACGGGAAAGAUAGAGACCUGAGUCAGAAGUUCUGGAGCACUAAGGAUCCAGGCCAGCAGCCUUUCUCUUUCAAGAUCGGCCAAGGCAAAGUUAUCAAAGGAUGGGAUGAAGGAGUACUGGGCAUGCAAUUGGGAGAAGUUGCUCGAUUAACGUGCACCCCUGAUUAUGCUUAUGGUGCUGGUGGAUUUCCAGCAUGGGGUAUUCAGCCCAACUCAGUUCUGGUUUUUGAGAUUGAAGUCCUAGGUGCACAAUGAGCAAUUUGCUAACAUUUGGGCAUUCCCGAUGGAGCUGUUGUACACUAUACAGUAGACAGCUUGAGGGUAUCAGAACUGCUCAUGUACUCUUUUGCUCUAAUGCAACUUGUUGAAACAGAUUAAGGCAAUAAUAAAUGCUUUGAAGCUUUUGUCUGGAUAAUGGUCUUCUAUGAGACUACUAAUUUGCCUUGCAAGACAAAUUAGUUAGUAAUGAAAUAUAAUAUGGAAUGGAUGUAA